CUAAAAUUCUACAAAAAUGUAAUAGGUACCACGUCACCGCCAUCGUCAUCGCCGGAAUGGGAUUCUUCACCGACGCCUACGACCUUUUCUGCAUCGCCCCGGUCUCCAAGCUCCUCGGCCGCCUCUAUUAUUACAACCCGGCCACCGGAAAGCCCGGGAAGCUUCCACACAGAACCAACAACUUUGUCAUCGGAGUUGCGCUAAUUGGGACACUGUCCGGGCAGCUCUUCUUCGGAUACCUCGGAGAUAAGCUUGGCCGGAAAAAGGUCUAUGGACUGACCUUAAUCCUCAUGGCUCUCUGCGCCAUUUGCUCCGGAUUGUCGUUCGGACACAGCGCCAAAAGUGUUCUAGGAACUCUCUGCUUUUUCAGAUUCUGGUUAGGAUUUGGCAUCGGCGGCGACUAUCCACUGUCGGCGACGAUCAUGUCCGAAUACGCUAAUAAGAAGACACGUGGUGCAUUUAUAGCCGCCGUUUUCGCGAUGCAGGGAGUCGGGAUUGUUUUCGCCGGAUUGGUGUCCAUGAUUUUGUCGAAGAUUUAUUUAAAUUGGUACGGCGCAAAGCCGUUCGUCGAGGACCACGUGUUCUCGACGGAGCCGGAGGGGGACUACGUGUGGAGGAUUGUCCUAAUGCUGGGGGCGGCGCCGGCGCUGCUGACGUACUACUGGCGGAUGAAGAUGCCGGAGACGGGGCGGUACACGGCGUUGAUCGAGGGCAACGCCAAGCAGGCGGCGGCGGACAUGGGAAGAGUUUUGGACAUCGAAAUCCAUGGCGAUCAGGACAAGGUGUCCCAAUUCAACGCCUCCAACAACUACACCUUAUUCUCCGACGAAUUCUUCCGCCGCCACGGCCGCCAUCUUGUCGGAACAAUGUCGACGUGGUUCCUCCUCGACAUCGCGUUUUACAGUCAGAAUCUGACGCAGAAAGACAUUUUUCCGACGAUGGGGUUGACGAACGCGGCAGAUGACGUCAGCGCGUUAAGAGAGAUGUUCGAGACGUCACGUGCUAUGUUCGUGAUCGCCCUCCUCGGGACAUUUCCCGGCUACUGGUUCACGGUGGCGUUCAUCGAGAAAAUCGGCCGGUAUUACAUCCAGCUGGUCGGGUUUUUUAUGAUGUCUGUGUUUAUGUUAAUUAUGGGGUUGAAAUACGAUUACCUGAAAAAUAAGGACCACAAGUGGAUAUUUGCGGGGCUGUACGGACUGACGUUUUUCUUCGCGAAUUUCGGUCCGAACAGCACGACCUUCGUGUUGCCGGCGGAGCUUUUUCCGACGAGGGUCAGGUCCACGUGUCACGCGAUGAGCGCGGCGGCGGGGAAGGCGGGGGCGAUGGUGGGGGCCUUCGGGGUGGCGAAUUACACGCAGGACGGCGACGUGGGGAAGAUAAAGAAGGCGAUGAUAUUUCUGGCGUUUACGAAUAUUGUCGGAUUUUUCUGCACGUUUUUGGUGACGGAGACGAUGGGGCGGUCGCUGGAGGAGAUUUCCGGCGAGGACGGCGGCAGCGGCGGCGGCGUGAUGGAGGUGGAAGUCGCCGGGAAAUACUCCGACGACGAGCGGCGGGAGAAUUGGGAGGAGGAGAAGGGGAGGAGCCACGGCGGCGAAUAGUUUAUUUUGAUGCUAAUAAUAAUAGUAAUAAUAAAUAUUUUAAUUAAUAAAUAAAGAAGUUGCAGCGAUUAGGGAUAAGAAUGGGUAGAGUAUGGUCGACUAUACAUAUGAACCAAGACCCUAUCUAUAUAUAUAUAUAUAUUAUUGGAUCUAAGACUCUACCCAAACCUAAUGUAUUUAGAUGUGUAUGUAUUCGCUCUAUUGUGAUGUAUUUGUCAGAUUAAAUUCAAAAAAUUUU